AUGAGGAAAAGAUGCUUUCCUUACCCUGGAACUGUCUGGAAAAGGGUAGAAACUGGAGCGGAGAAUAAUCUCUUGGCUGUAUUUGAUCCCAAAGGACUGCUUCAGAUGUGGAGCAACUGCCCCACGCCCGUCGGCAGGGCUGGCCGCGGCGGCCGGCGCUACGACACAGCUUUCUACCUGUGCUGCCUGGAGAAGCGGCCGCCCCACACCUCGCAGGACGACCAGGAGGUGACAGCUUUCCAGUGGUCAUCACCUCCAGAAGCCAUUGAACGCUUUAAAUCUCAGGAAAUAUGGUUUGCCCCAUCUCAGUUCUAUGAAUUGUGUAGGUUGUGCAACUUUUCUUCGCUUCAUGAGCUACAUAAGUUCAACUCUGAUCGAGCUCUAGAAGGAUGUGAACGUUGGAUGCCCGUGAUGUUAACUGCUUCUGAUGGUUACAUUCAGCUAUUACCAGGAGAUGAGUUAUAUCCAGAAGAUCCAGAUUAUACAGGGGAAAAGAAAAUAACCUUGUCAACAGAUAAGAAGGUGGAAGAUCUAAUGAAAGAGGGUCGUAUAUUUCACAGGAUAGUAAUAAAAAACAUCAAUGAUCUCACUAUUUAUGUUAAUAUUGAAGCAAAAUAUAAACAUAUGAAUCCAGUGAUGAUAAAUAGUAAUUCAGAUUACAAUAGCAGAUUAUAGUAUGCAUUUUGUUUAAAGUUAGAAUAUAUUUAAUUACAUACAUAUUCCUUGUUAGUGUUUUUGGUCCUUUCUAACAGUUGCCAAGUAGCCAGGAGACUACUUUGAGUUAGAGAUUAAAAGUACUGAAAUAUUUCAUUGCCCUGCCAAGUAUUUAAUUUGGGUAUCGGUUUGAAAUUUAUGUGCAUUUAAUUCCUUGAUUCUCUGGAACUGCACAGUUGUGUCAGUUGUGAUAUACAUGUGACCACUGAAAACUUGAAUCAGCUUAAUUACUUGAUUAAACUUAACAGUGAUUAGAUAGUAUACUGGAAAAGUUCAGUAUAAUUACUAUAUAGUAUAAGACUACACUACCUUUUUCUACUUACAUACUAAUAGUGGAAUAUGCUUCCUUUGGGUUACACAGGUCCUUUUCUCACUGAAAAUGAAAGUAAACUUAUGUUCAGAACAACUGUGUUUUGAAUUCAAUAAUUAUUUUACUAUGCUUCCCAGAGUUAUCAGUUAAACAACUGUAACGUGUGUCUAGAAAUUAAUGAAACCCUUCAUUCUAUUUCUAUGGAAAUCUUCCAGUCUAGUCUCUCAUUUUGGGGAAGGCCCGCGUAUAUGUAUGCAUAUAUAGCUUUGUUAGCUAAAAUUCACUUAGUUUUCUGAUUUUUAUUUUUAAACUUAAUGUUUAUAUUUGAUACAUCUGAACUGUUUCUAUUAAUGGUAAUCUAUGCAAACCUUUACAAUUUUCAAAGGUAACUUAGACAUAAGUCAGCUACCAGACUGAAUGCAUUCAUUCUCUUUAUUAUUAUUAUCAUACUUACUUUAAAGAUGUUGGUAAUUGAAAAAUAGGAAAAAUAAAUUAUUUAGCUCCAAAAGGAUACCAACAACUUCAGAGGUACAACCUUGAAAACACCUGCUUACACAUUUUAACACCCCACAUCUUGCGUUGUAACUAUUUUGCUAAAUGUAUCUCUGUUAUGAGAUUUGAAGACUUCAGAGGAAGCAUUGCUACUUGCUGGUGCUGGGAUUUUUAGUCUAUUUUAUUUCUUUGGUGCUACAAGUGGAACAGAUGGGGCAGGGGUGUGGGAUCUCUUAUAUGGAAGAAGAAUGAAUGAUGACUUAGAUUAGCCAGUAGAGCUGGUCAGAAAGCUGGAAGCUUUGUAUUCUGGUUUUCAAUUAAAAUAAAAACUUCUACAAUAUUUUUAUUAAAUUGAA